CCAUAGCAGCAUCCGACCCCAUCAUGGCUAUGCUGCUGAGAGCAGAGGAAUGCUGGGUAGAGAGACUGAAGGACCCCUCUGUCCCCCCGCCCCCUACAGACGAGCGCUACGAUGGAGGCGCACACGACCACACCAUCCCCGUCAAGAACCUGUGAGUUUUUGUUAUCAAUUCAUUAAAUGAUCAAAUGACCUCCCUUAUCUAUAUUAUGCAUUAAUUAUAAUUUAAGUGUGUUUCAAUAUCAGUAUUCAAAGCAAAUGAUACCCUUAGUAAUCCUGUAACCCCCGCCCCUACCCUGUAGCACCCCCCUAUCCAUGUCCCUCUCUAAGAGGGACAGUCUGUUGGAGAAGUGUGCCAUGUUCAGGGAGGUGGGAGUGGGGCUGAGCAGACAACUCUCACUGGACAGCGGUCUGAACGGACCUACAGCACCCAGCAAACUGGAGCAGGCAAGUACACUCAACAUCUGCACUACAACAAAGUGUACACUCAAUAUGUGCACUACUGCUAUAUACGUCACUCUACUACAGAACAUUUUACACGUACAGUAUGAGAAAGUGUGCACAUGCACCAAAUCCAUGUGUGGUUGCUAUGGUAACCUGUGUGGUGUGUUGUUGCAGGUGAAGCUGAUGCCUCCGGCGCCUAAUGAUGACCUGGCGUCUCUCAGUGAACUCACAAACAGUAGCCUGCUCUACGAGAUGCAGAAACGCUUUGGCAAUGACCAGAUUUAUGUAGGUAGAACACACACACAAACAUGCACACAAACAUACACAAACACACACACACACACACACACACACUCACACAUGGACACACUGACAUACAAUUGGAGUGAUGUAUUGAUCCUGAGAUGUCAGCUUGGACAAUGGGCAGUCUUUCCCCUUGACUGUGCCCAGAUUCAGAGCUGGGGAGGGAAACCAGCACCCUCCAGCCCAGCAGGCCAGUGACAGAGAUGGGUGUUAUUGCCAGUGGCUGGGACAGGGGUGGGAGUCCUGUUUUUUGGUUUCUCUGUUGCCAGGCCAGGCAAUGGUAACUGUGCUAGUGCGAGUUGUAGGGGUGGUACGCUCUUUGAGUCAGUCUUCCAACCCCCUCUCAGCUCUCUGUUCUGGGACAGUGGCUGUUGUGUGAGGGGUUUGUGUGGGAGGUCUGGAAGGUGGCCCAUGAGACUCACUGUCUGCUGGCCAGGGACUUUGAGCCAUGGCUGGGGGAUGAAUAUAACCACUAAGAACCACAUGUACACGCACAGAUACACAGACACCCACAUUAAUGCACAAAUUCACACACACACACACACACACACACACACACACACACACACACACACACACACACACACACACACACACAAAAUAGAAAUGUCCUAUGUUGGAGAAUCAAUGCUGGUUUGGUUCGAUGGAAGAAAUCCAUGACUGCAUUUAUGAGAAAUACUGUACAUCCCUGUUCCUUUUGGUUUCAGGUCAAUUUAACCACUUUCAUUGUCCCCAUCUCCCUGAGUCUAUUGCCUGGUCUAUAGCUUAGCAUGAGGGACUGUGCUGUAUAAAGACUGGAGCCAGAUCAAUGUGGAACAGCCUGGUUAUUCUCAUCACUAUGUGUGAAGAGGCUUCAAUAGCCUGUUGUUACUGAACUACAGAUGGGGAAGAGACUGGCUGGUUGGAUAUGGAGGGGAGGGAAGAGGGAAGGAGGUAGAUUGAGAGAGGACAGAGAAGAGGGGGAAAGAAUGAGAUGAGGAGAAGAAAAGAAAAAAAGAGAUGAUGGGUAAAGAUAAGGCGAUUGGGUGAGGAGAAGGUUGAGGAUGAGGAGGAGGAGGAGGAAGAAGAGAGCAUGGAGCGAGAAGGAGGAGGAGAAAACGAGAGAGGAGCAUGAGGUGGAGGAGGGAGAGAGAGAGAGGAAACCAGGGAGAGAGGGAAGAGAUGGAGGAGAGGGAGGACAAAGGCAUUGUAAUGGUCCAUAUGCUCCCCAGCAGGGUGGUCAGAGACUGGGACUUUGAUGACGGCUCCAGCCUGCUGCUUUGUACUGGGAUGGAGGGAUGGUACACAGCCAAGCCCAGAGACUGGAGGAGAGGACAGAGGGUUGUGGGAGGGAUGCAUGACAGUUGGGAGGAUCUGAUGGUGGUUGUGGGGGAGUGUAAUUUGAGUUUUGGUCUUGAUCCUACUAUACGAGAUUGAGAGCAUUAAAGUUACCCUCUGGCACAGAUCUAGAAUCAUCUAACCCUGCCAUUAGGGGUUAAAAUGCAAAACUGACCUUAGAACAGUUUCUGGGGGUAACAAUGAAGCUCAUUAACCUUCAGCCCAGGCCUGAGGACAGGCAGAGCAGCAUGUUAGCGUUUUAGUGAUAACACAUCCUAUUCAGCCCCAGCAGGGCACUCCUAGGGGACAGAGCGUUUAGCAAUUAGCCAACCUCAGGGUAUGUGUGUGGGAAGGAGGGCUAGCAACUAGUAACUGUACAGUAGUAGGGGUUAGGGUUUACUGUAUGUCUCAGUCAGAGGAAGGGAUUUUGGCUGUUAGUAGCCUAUCUAAACAGCCUCAGGGUCUGUGCGUGGGAAGAAGGAAUAUCUAUUGAAAUAGAAUAAGAAUACCUGUCUAUCUCCAUGCAGUUUUUGCUAUUUCUGUUUAUAAAAGGGGUUUUGGUGGUAAUGUUGUUUAAGUGAUUUGCAGCGUUAAUUGCCGUUAAAUGUCAAGUUGAUUACAUGUCGCAUUGAUUUUGCAAACGCUGACAAGGACUGAUGUCCGAGCAGACCACUAUUUGGCAACAUAUUCUAUUCAUAUGUCUCAGCCAUAUCCCCUGAAGCUCAUUACAUUAACGUUGUUGACUAUGUUUUCCCUGCCUUUGAGUAAUUUGAGUUAUCAUUAGAAAAGCAUUUCUUACCUCUAUUACACUUCCUUGUUCUCCAGGGGUUGCACAGGGCUUGCCAAGGCGCAUGCAUGCACCAGGAGCGUGUAUUUGGGAAUGAGCAUAUCCAUCUGCCGCGGCAGUGGGGGAGAAUGCUUUUGAGAAGAGUUUUUAAUUCUCAUAAUAGUGUUUGUUGUCAUGUUUGCCAUAGCACUAGUGCUGACACAGGCCUCUCCCAUCCCUCGGUGUGUUUGGGGAAGGGAUUUAGUUAGUGCUAAGGUGACCUUCAGCCUCUGUGAAAGGGAUGGGGCUUUGUGCUUCAACAUUAAAGACGGUAUGGGUCUAUAUGGACUUCUGUGUUUACCCCAGGAGUUUAGUGGCUGGUAGUUUGACCGUGCUUCAGGUCAAGACAAGAUGCCUCAACGCCAAUAUAUCAGGAUGAGAUGUAUACCCCUGAUGUUACAAUAUUUCAACUGUAAUAAUCCAUUAUUUUAUGGACGAGAUGCACUUCACUCACUGUAUGUCUCUAUGGUUAAAGAAGUAAUGCAAAUCCUUUUUUUUUCAGACCUACAUCGGGCACAUUCUCCUCCUGGUCAAUCCUAACAAAGAGCUCCCCAUCUACUCUACACUGGUGAGCACACAUUAUACAGUAACCAACAAGAUCUCAUAGUUUCCUUUCGAAAUUCGACGUAUUAUGGAUGAACGUCUAUUUUUGACACAUUAAUUCUGGGUGGUUACAGGGUUAAUUCCAUGUGGUUACAGGGUUAAAACAGAAACAACUCAAAGGUUAACAGUUUAGGCAUUAAUUCCUAGUGGUUAAGGUUAGGCCGAUGGUUUGGGGAAGGCUCUGCAAACCAACUGACUUCAUACGAUCAAGUGUCAUCAAGUAUUCUCACGACUUGCUAGAGCAUUGUAAAAUGCCAUAGCGCAGUGGUCUGAGCAGCGUGCUUCAGAUCCGAGCAUCAUGAGUUUGUGCCCAGUGCUGGGAUUUUUUAUAAAAAUAAAAAAGAUUGCACCAAGGAAGGCAUACUGUAUAUCGACGUUGGUCUAUUUCUAGUGGUUAGGCUGACAGUAACACAUACAGUACAUUUUCUCUUUAUUUUCCUCUAGCUAGGGUGUAGCUUUAUGUUUUUUAUUUGUAUAUCCUCUAUAAUGUAUCUUGUCAAAAUAACACAGAGAAUAUGUUAACAGUAUGUGGUGUGUGUGUGUGUAUUGAGUUUCCUGUUGUGUGUAUAAUUAGUGUAUUAUGAAUGGAUGAAAUGGGGCUUGAUGUGGUCCAUUAAUAAUGCAGUCUUCCUGUCAGUGAUACACAGUGGAGGGCUGACUCUGCACUAUACACUAGCCAGGCCAGGGAGAGAUCCUGUUCAGAAACACACACACACACACACACUGUAUAUCUGCUGGGCCGUAGCCUAGACAGGCAUUUAUGUAAUGCAUACACAUAUCUUACUCUAUCAGACAUGCAUUUACAUAACGCUGACAGAAACAUGUCUCUUUCAGUCAAGUACACAUCUAAUCCCUCUUAGCUAUGUCUGACACAGGUUUAAUCUAUAUUAGGCUAUGUUUGCCGUACCUCACAUGUGGUGUAUUUGCCAUACCAUGCCUUGUGUGUCUACAAUAGCAAUGACAGCUGAACAGUCACAUUAGUGGGACAAGCUGUGCUCACUGGCUGAAGAAAUACAAUAUGACAAGAUGACCAUCAUCACUCAGCCCACUGCCCUAAUGGCAACUGAGAGAUUGCCCAUGAAACGGGGGUUUAGGAGGUGUGUGUGUGUGUGUGUGUGUGGAGGGGGUGGGGUACCUCUAGCUUGGUUCGGACAGAUGCCAGUUCCAUCGCCCCCCAUAUCUGUACCUAAAAUCUGGCAGAAUUGAACACACACCCAGGUCUUGCACACACACUCCACCUGAGAGAGUGAAAGAGACAUAUGUCACAACAUGUGUGAUCUGCUGCUAACAGGCUGUCACCCUCUGAUGUCUGUCUCUCUACCCCCUCCACCAAAAACACCCCCCUUCCUCUCCUCUCCUCCCCUCCAACACCACACAUCUGCUGGGUGAUGGGGCAGACAUUUGGGGUUGGGGACUGCCUGGGGCUUGAUUGAGUCUGACUUGAGAAAGGGAUCAGAGGCUGGGUUUGGUACUGUGGCAAUGGCUGGGAAGGGUAGUGUGUUAUUUGAAGCUGGGUUUUGGGGGGGUUGCUGGACUGGGGAACGGGUUUUUAGGGGUAGGGUUUUUGGGGCUGGGAUGGUAUACGGAGCUUAUGGGCAUUGGAUAUAGUGUUUGAUGUGUCUCAGGCUUGUACAGGAGUGGAGAGAAGCCACGCUGUAACGGUACAUGAUUAGUGCCACAGAGACCCUUGAAACAUACUACACCAGGUGUGGGGGAGGAUUUAAUCGCUGUUAUGUAAGGCUUCAGGGCAAUAUGUAGGUGUGUGUGUUCUCUGUAUGGCAAUCAAGUGGCAGGGUGGCAGAUGUGUAUAUUUUCUGUGUGUAUUUUCUAUUUUUGAAUCUCAGUGAAAGUCAGUCAGUCAGACACAGCCAAGCCCAGUGUCAGCAUUCAGCUAUUAGUCUAUUGGAUGUUCUGCUAAAUCAAUGUGUUCAGUCAGUGGUACAGGCCGAGGCAUGGCACACAAUGUGUACUACUGUUUAUAUCUGUACAGUGCAGCCUAUGAGAAUAGAUUAGUUUAACACUAGUAGACUAGCAGCAUGAAACAGUCUUUGAAACACUGCCUUUUAAAACUCCACCUCAACACACUGAGUCAGACAGUUUCCACUAACCACUAAUUGCUCUGUGUGUUUCUGACUGUCUUGGUUUUUACGUGGCCAUAGUACAGGACUGGUGAGUGGUAAGCCACACUUUGUCAGAGUGCUGUGUUACACGCACACACCAGAGGAGGCUGGUUGGAGGUGCUAUAGGAGGACGGGCUCAUUGUAAUGGCUGAAAUGGAAUAAAUGGAACGUUAUCAAACACAUCAACUUAUGGAAACCACAAACUUGACCAAUAAUUCAAUUCCAGCCAUUUCAAUGAGCCCGUCCUCCUAUAGCUCCCCUCACCAGCCUCCUCUGACACACACACUUGUAAACGUAUACCCAAGUUAGAUCUGUGUAAGGAUGAACCCAAGUGGUGUGCGUGUGGACAUGUGUGUCAGUGUGUUAUGUAACAAUGGGCUUUAAUUAUUCUCUCUAAGUAACUGUUAAGGAGUAUAACACUCAUAUUCUCUCUCUAUCCCUCUUUCUCUGUCUCUCACGCUCUCUCGCUCUGUCAGGUGAGUCAGUUGUAUCUGAGUUCUUCUGGGCGUCUGUGCUCCUCUCUGCCUCCUCACAUCUUCUCCUCAGCAGAGCGGGCUUACCACAUGAUGCUGCAGGAGCGACGCCCGCAAUUCUUCAUCCUCAGGUACACACAGAAAGAGAAAAAACACACACAUUCAAAUGCAUGCACAGAUGCGCACACACACACACACACACACACACUCACUAAAUACAUGCCAAUAUCGCCUCUGUGAGAAAGCAUUAGUAUUUAAUUCAGUUCUGAAACCCUACCUCUUUGAAGAGUAUCUUAAAUAACUCUCAUGCCCCCCCCCACCCCUUUUCCUACUAGCACUGACUUUGCUGAUAAAUACUUUGUUGAGGGAAAAUGUACUUGACAUGAUUGCAAUAUGUUUUUGUCUCACCUAGAUGAAUGCACUAAUUGUAAGUCGCUCUGGAUAAGAGCAUCUGCUAAAUGACUCAAAUGUAAAUGUAGAUCAUUAACUCAGCAUCAGUAAAUUAUUUAGAGUAGGUGAAUGUUGAGGUGAGGACCACUGCCCAGUUUGUCCAAACCCACCCCUGCAGGUCAGUUAAAUGCUCCCAGAGAGAUUAAUGAGCCUUAGUCUCAGCCCAGACCUGUUAAAUGAUCGCAGAGAGAUGAAUGGCUCUGGGGGCCUGGCUGGAUGGAGGCAGCUUCCUGAUUGCAAUUAAACCCGUUAUGGCUCUCCACCGACGUUCACGCUGAGUCGUAGCAGAUCUGGCAGCGAGUUAAUGCACUUUGGCCGCUGGCUAUUCAUCACACACAUGCACACGCACACACACACACACACACACACCUCAUAUGCAGUCUUCCAUGCUCCACUGGGCUGGAGGCAGUCAAAAUGUUAGGUGCCUCAGGGGCAGGGUACCUACACAAUCAUAUACAUUCAGUACACAUGAUCCCUGGAGGCCAGGGUAUAGACACAUACCCAGAAGCACAAAACGCCCUUCAAUUCUAAUAAAGCCCUGUAAAUGAAAAGAGAGGUAACCUGCUGUGUUCACACUCUUAGCAGGGUCAUUAAUAGGAGGACAAAAUCACAUACACACACACACACAUACACACAGCGCUGUCAUUAGUUGGGGCUUAAAUUACCUUCUAAAGCCAUCUGCUAAGUGUAACGUAGCUGGUCUCUGCUCUGUGUGUGUGUGUGUGUGUGUGUGUGUGUGUGUGUGUGUGUGUGUGUGUGUGUGUGUGUGUGUGUGUGUGUGUGUGUGUGUGUGUGUGUGUGUGUCUGUGUCUGUGUCUGUGUCUGUGUGUGUGUGUGUGUGUGUGUGUGUGUGUGUGUCCAAGUUGUGCAGUUAGACAGAUCUUACAGUAUGUCCAACUGUUAGUUUAAGUCCCCCAUGGAGCAGAGUAAUGUAGUUCGCCACAGUCAACCUUACCGGAUUGACGUCAGUGAGAUGCCAGUGGGUGGAUCUACCUAACCUGAAUGACUUCAGUGAGAUGCCAGGUGGAUGGAUCAACCUAACCUGAAAAAUCUCAGUGUUCUGCCAGGUGAAUGGAUCAACCUAACCUGAAUGACCUCAGUCAGAUGCCAGGUGGAUGGAUCAACCUAACCUGCAUAACCUCAGUGAGAUGCCAGGCGAAUGGAUCAACCUAACCUGAAUAAUCUCAGUGAGAUGCCCAGUGGGUGGAUGCUAGAUGAGCACCUAGAUGAAGAGUACACAUGACCAUGAGCUCCACUUGCCAUCUCCACUAACCCAAAGAAACUUCCACAGGUCUUCACUUUCAGUGUCCUUCACUAGAAUAAAGAAAGAAAUGGAAUAACAAAAUGUUUCUAAAAAGUCACAGAGCAUUAUAGCCAUAGGCUAGGUUGAUAUGAUAGUGUCCACUCGAUAAACAAUACCAUUGUAAUGGCUAGCUGCAGGAUUGUAAACAGAGGAGUGAAUGGGAUGGGGGGAUGUCAGGCGGGUGGGGGAGUGUGACGGAGGUGACAGAUAGUAUUCUAGGCUACACCCUGAUUACUCACGCCACUCGACACACCCAUUCAUCUGAGACCAGGAACAAUAUGGACACUCAUGGACAUACUCAAAGACACAUAUAUUCACACCCUUGCAUGAACACACACAGACACAAACAACUGUCAUUUGUAUUGCUACUUAUGUCUAAUCACCCUUACUACCUUAACAAGCCUAUAUCUCUUUCUCUCUCUCUCUCUCUCUCUCUCUCUCUCUCUCUCUCUCUCUCUCUCUCUCUCUCUCUCUCUCUCUCUCUCUCUCUCUCUCUCUGUGUUUCUCUCUCUCUGUGCAGUGGGGAGAGUGGUUCUGGGAAGACAGAGGCUUGUAAACACAUAGUGAGACACCUGGCAGUGAGGUCCAGCCCCAAAGGCUUCUCUCUUGAGCCCAGGAUGAAGCAUGUGAGUCUGGGUUACCAUUUACAUACAGAGCCCCUGACCCUGAUUGUCCUAAAAAGAUGAAUCCACUCUUGGAGGACAAUGUAAGUUGAAUAGAAAAUGACAGACAGACUAGCUCAGUGGGUGUUCAGUCCAGUGUUACAGAGUCCCUGUUGUGUAGUGGUUUGAGAUAUGGAUUCAUGGACCAAAUGAUCUGUGUUAGCGCACUGGUCUUUACAUCAAACCCCUAGGUUUUUACAGGUUCCUUUAUUUCCUUGAUAGCCAUCGCUAGGUUCUGUAUGAUGACUCAGGCCCAUUGUGUUUGUGAUUGGCCCAUUUGUCCCUGAGAGAAAGCCAUAGCAUCUAAAUGCUGUCGGUUCUCUUAUGACUCCUCUCACCUCGGACGGUGAGAUUUCUGGCAGUGGACUCAAAGCAUACUGGUGAGACCCAUUGAAGGAGAACAUAGAGGAGUACAAUGGGACACAAAAUUACCAUAGCAACCAUUAUAUGAAAAGCCGUUAUGAUUAGGACAUUGUGUGAGAAUGUUUUAUAUGCAGUGAUCAAUUGCAAUAAUAUGGUAUUAAACCAGUCUUGUCUGGAAGCAGCGGAUUAAAAGAGCCCUUUAGUAUGAGCAUGGACUACUGCAUUCAACCUUACAUAGACAUUUUUUCAGAAAUCUAAUGGUUUUCUUGUUGUCUAGCAUGCUAGGGAAGUAUUAUUACACUGAAUGACUGAAGAUGAACACUUUCUUGCUAUUUUAUAGUCCUAGCAGUGCUCCUUAUUAUAAACCAAACACCUUUUCAUUAGACUUACUGUUAUGACCUUAACAUACAUAGCACCAUUGUUGAACAGGGAGGAGAGAAAAGCUCUUGCUUGGCUAUAGUGGAGCUGUAUCUACAUAGAUGAAGUCAUGGGUUGGUGCUAGAUAACAUAUCUGGGUCAACACUUAGAGAGCACAGAGCGACAGAUGAGUGUGACAAUCAGUCAGUGGGGCUAUAUUGUCCCAUGGUGAAGAGAUGUCGAAUUGCGACAGUCAGUAAUUCACACUCAUGCACCUGCUUCAGUAAACUUCAGUGAAUCAAAUUACCUAGGUAUAUUAGUUCACAUUAACAAAUUGUGCAUCUAUGAACAUGCCAUCACCAAUGCAUGUCUUAGCUGUAUAAAAAUGUAUUCUCUAAAAACAUAAUGAAUAUGUCCAGCCCAGAAAGUGUCACUUUCUGGGCUGGACAUAUUCAUAAUGUUUUUAGAGAAUACAUUUUUAUACAGCUAAGACAUGCAUGGAUGGUUGUAUUGUACAGUAUAUUACACUGUCUCUCUCUAUAUUAUGUGGUGGCUUAUAGGUGAACUGUAUCCUGGAGGCAUUUGGUCAUGCCAAGACUCCCAUGAAUGACAACUCCAGUCGCUUCAUCAAACUCCUCAGCCUGCAGUACUGUGACAAGAGAAAGACACUACUCAGAGGUACACACUACUACACCUUUACUCAGGGGGUUGUUCUAUAACUAACAAAGGGACUUACUAACUACACCACUCAAUGUCUACUCAGAUGAAUACACCACUACACCCUCAUAGCAAAGAUUUGUAUAACUAAACCAAGAUAGACCACAGCCUGUCAUUUCCAAUGGAAACAAAUGAGUCAUAGUGGGCAGAACAAGCUAGGAGGCGGGCAGAGCCAAGCACGAGCUUGCGAGAUCCUAUUGGCCCGUUCUAGCAUGUAUCUGUAUAUUUCUGUUAGGGAACGCCUACUCUGUGAAGUGCGCGUGUGCAAUAACUCAAUUCGCCUUUGCACUCCUUCAAAAUAAUGUGAUUUUUUAAAACUUUGGCAAAGGGUAAAGUCUACAAACCUUAGUUCAAUCAUAACAGAUUCUAGUUUUGGGAACAGAAAACUGUAUUGAGAUAAAAUGUUUCAUCGAUGAGAAAAUGUGCAGAAUGUUGGACAAAAUACAUCUCCUUCCAUCUUCUCCCACUGCCGGCCACUGGGCUUCCUCUCACCUACCAUUUUUGAUAGUGAGUGGAAACGCCAAGCGGAUGCUUCACAUUUAUACAUCCAGUGAAAUAUCUGUCUCAUUGUUCUAUCUGUGCUCAUAGGGUCCAUGUACUUGUAGUAAUUAAAAGGCAUUUUGAUGUAUGGCCAGCAGGGGGGAGUAUAACUCUAUGAGUAAACCUGUCAGGCUUCAAUGUCUGUCAUUCCUACUGAACCACAUUGAGACAGAUACAUUGAUUUACUCAUACGUAAUGGCAGUGUAUGAAAUAUGAAUUUGACUUAAGGACACUCAGGUUUUUUGUUUGAUAAUUUGGUCUGUGUCCUGUUUUUAAGAAUCUUGAGAGUACACAUUGGUAUCUUAAUGGAUAAUUAUGUUAAGAUUAUCAUGUGUGCGUGUAGGUUUAUAGGUGUUUUUACAGUAGGUGUGUUCCUGUACUACUGGUUACAUAUGGUUUAAAGUUUAUUGACAGAGCAUGUGUUAUUAUGUGGAUUACAUUUGUGUGUGUGUGUGUGUGUGUGUGUGUGUGUGUGUGUGUGUGUGUGUGUGUGUGUUUAGCACGGAUAUACACAUACAUGUUGGAGAAGUCCCGUGUGGCCUACCUGCCUCGUCAGCAACACAACUUCAACAUAUUUUACCUGAUGGCUGAGGGCCUGUCGCCUGAAGAGAAGAGUGCCCUGUACCUCAACAACGUCCUGUCUCACAGGUCUGUACCUCAACAACGUCCUAUCUCACAGGUCUGUGCCUCAACAACGUCCUGUCUCACAGAUCUGUACCUCAACAAAGUCCUGUCUCACAGGCCUGUACCUCAACAACGUCCUGUCUCACAGGUCUGUGCCUAAAAAAUGUCCUAUCUCACAGGUCUGUACCUCAACAACGUCCUAUCUCACAGGUCUGUACCUCAACAACGUCCUGUCUCACAGGUCUGUGCCUCAAAAACGUCCUACCUCUGUGGUCCUCAGCUGGUAGAGCACAUUUACAUUUACAUUUUAGUCAUUUAGCAGACGCUCUUAUCCAGAGCGACUUACAGUUAGUGAAUACAUAUUUUUUUUAUACUGGCCCCCCGUGGGAAUCGAACCCACAACCCUCGCAUUGCAAACACCAUGCUCUAUCAACUGAGCUACAUCCAUGCCGGCCAUUCCCUCCCCUACCCUGGACGACGCUGGGCCAAUUGUGCGCCGCCCAUGAGUCUCCCGGUCGCGGCCGGCUGCUCGAACCAGGAUCUCUAGUGGCACAGUUAGCACUGCGAUAAAGUGUCUUAGACCACUGCACCACUCAGGAGUACGGCGCUUGUAACGCUAAGGUAGUGGGUUCGAUCCCCGGGACCACCCAUACACAAAAAAAAUAUGUAUGCACGCAUGACUGUAAGUCGCUUUGGAUAAAAGCGUCUGCUAAAUGGCAUAUUAUUAUUAUAUUAUAUUAUUAUAUUAUAGGUCUGUACCUCAACAACGUCCUAUCUCACAGGUCUGUACCUCAACAACAUCCUGUCUCACAGGUAAUAAGGCCAUGCAGAUUACAGUAAUAUAGGAAGAUAUACACAUACACGCCAUCCCUUCCUCUUGCUAGCAGGUGACUGAGGGGGGGAAAUUCACAUAUUUCUGCCUCUCACCCAGAUUGACCCCAUUUCCUUCCCAAAAUGUUAAAACAUUUUACAAACUCAGCAUGAGAGUGAGUGAAAGAGUUACCAAACAUGAGUUACCAAACAUGUUUGGUAACUCUUUCACUCUCAUGCUGAGUUUGUAAAAUGUGUGUGUGUGUGCGUGUGUGUGUGUGCGCGUGUAAUGCGUGACAGUAUUCCAUGAACCCCCCCUGGAAAGUCUGUCUGAUAUCCAGUGACCUGGAUGGGGGUUUUGGAGCCUGGUAAACACGCUAUAGCCUCUGAUUCAAUGCUGCGAGUGCGUGAUCAAAAGCCCUCCGAUACUAGCCCAUUUGGGGACCCCUUCUCUCUCCCCCCUCCCCACCCUCGCUUUCUCAGCAGGAGAUUGCUCUGACUGGUUAAAAACUACUCAGCUUGAGAAUACCUGCUCAACCACCAUGCUUUAAAUGACUUUUUGACAUGCUCUAAAAAUAUGCUUUUUUGUUUCAGGGUACCAUAUUAUGUCUGUAGUCCCUCAGUGAUAUCUAGUCAGUGCGGUCUGUAGUGUGAACUCUCUCCCUGGUUUCUGUCUGUCUGAGUGUUGUUCCCUGCUGCUCUUCUCUGUAGUGUAGUUGAUCAUGUCUGUGGUGUAUAGUAUGAUAGCUGUCUCUCACUGGUCUCUGUCUGUGUCUAUCUAGGUACCUGAGUGCAGGUGUUCCAGCAGGAGACUCCCCUCCUGUGGCCUCAGCCUCAACUCAGAGUAGAAACUGUCUCAUUGCAAUCAAACAGGCCCUCAGAGCACUGGGCUUCAACAAGCUGGUACGAUAACACACUGUGUGUGUGCGUGCGUGAGUCUGCAUGUGUUAUUUGCCACACAUAUGGCUGUGUGUAUGUCUAUGAGUCUAUAGGGUCAGUUGGUACCAGAGGUGGUUGGUGGGAGGAGCUACAGGAGGACAAGCUCAUUGUAAUGGCUGGGAUGGAAUUAAUGGAAUGGAGUCAAACAUGUAGUUUCUCUAUGUUUGAUGUGCUUAAUACCGUUCCAUUUAUUCAAUUCUAGCCAAUAAAAUGAGCCAGUCCUCCUAUAGCUCCUCCCACCAGCCUCCACUGGUGGGUACACAUACUGUAGCUUGUGAGCAGGGUUGGACAUUAAGAAUGUCUAUUUCUCCAGCCAUGUUGGCUGGUGGUCACACAGUGCAUUUGGGAACAGUAAAAAAAAAAAAUCAAAAGCCCACAUGUUUAAAUUGGUCGAAUUGACAAGAAAGGCUACUAAAGUGUGACGUUGUCCUAGAUUUUAUUUGCCAGUUACAUCAGUUUGUUCACACGCUAGGUUGUUUUUCAAUGUUAGUUUGAGUUUUUCACACACUAGGUUGUUUUUCAAUGUUAGUUUGAGUUUGCUGCAACUGUCUGCUGCUAGGAAGACAUAGCAAAGCAAGUGCCCAAGUUACCACGGUAACGGCCCGUCCCUUAAAAGGGCAGCUGAAAAUGUUUCUCACACCUAAUGAUUGUGCUUGAUUGAGCAUGGAUCACUCCCAAAAACUUUUAUUCAUGAACAUUGUUUUCCUAGAUUUAUCUGUGUGCUUCUACAGUACCUUUCUACUUAGGAGCACAUCAUGAACUCCUUGUAAAAAAUGUCAGCAUAGGGCCCUGAACUCUAAUAAUAAAUAAGCCGUAUCACUCAUCAUUUUGUGGCAGGGCAGGCACUUUGUUGAUUCUUGAUGUUCAGUUGUAGAACAGUUUAUAUGUUUGUAACAUAAAUUGGUUAAAAUAUGCAGAUCAUAAAUAUGAAAUGAAAUGAAGCAAUAUACCACAUUACUUCUUAAUAGUAAUACUUUUCUUGUUUUUGAAACAUUACAAAGCAUGCUCAUCUGUUUUUUUGUUGUUGUAAUUUUGAUGUAAUUACGGUGAAAACAAUAUUUUGAUGGGUAAAAAAUGUAAUCUACCUGCCAAGGUGGCUGGUUGACCAAAAAGUUAAUUUCCCACCCUGCUUGUGAGCAUGCUUGCAUGUGAUGGUCAUGUGGGGUUCUGCAUGUUAGUAUACUAGCUAUACGUACAGACUGUACUGUACUGUACCUUGUCUGGUGUGUGUGUACAGAAUGAGUGUUCUCAGCACAUUAUCACAGUCUAUGUAUAGGCUGCAGUCAGCAUCUGUCAGCACUGAGUGACCACCAAGUCAGCUUUUAAUCCCUCCCACAGCCAGCAGCCGAUACUGUAGGAGGGAGGAGGGGAGGGGGUGAUGGGGGAAAGAGUACUUCCUGAGAGAGAGACUACCCAUCGGUGCCUCCCUAAGCUCUCAUUGGGGAUGACUCAUGAAGAACCUCAAUCGCUCCUUUCUCUCCCACUCUCUUUCUUCUCCUCUGCUACUGCAGUGUCAGACAGAGACUAAUAACACUGUUUAUCUCACUGAAACAGCUCCUAUAACACACACACACACACACACUGUCCAGUAGGGUUGAAGGGUCUGGGUUGGGUAAUGGGGGAUACCAUUAAUCGUCCUCUACUCAAGGACAGAGACAGAGAGAGAGAGCGAGAGAGAGAGAAAGAGAGAGAGAGAGAGAGAGAGAGAGAGAGAGUGAGAGAGAGAGACAGAGAGAGAGAGAGAGAGAGAGGUGGGGGGGGGAAGGGUAUAGAGGGAUCAGAGGGAGGAGGGAUAAAGAGGGGAAAGGAGAGGUUAGAUAAGGAGAUCGGAGAGAGAGGAGAGGUUUAGGGAUAAGGGGGAGAGGGAUUCAGGGGUUUGGAGAAUAUAUGUUCGCUCAAAAGAUGGGAGUUGACUCUUUGGGAGGAGACUAGGGGGUGGGGGUUUACAGUAUAUGUAUGAUUUCACAACUUCAUGAAUAAAAACAAUAACACCUCUCUCUCUCUCCUUCUCUCUUCCCCUCCUCCCUCCACACCGCCGCAUCUCUCUCUCUCUCUCUCUCUCUCUCUCUCUCUCUCUCUCUCUCUCUCUCUCUCUCUCUCUCUCUCUCUCUCUCUCUCUCUCUCUCCAUCAGGAGGUGGACAGUGUGUUUAUGCUGCUGUCAGUGGUGCUGCAAGUUGGGGACCUGAGCUUCAUAUCACUGACAGAUGCUGAGACCGCCUACCCCUCCAAUCUGCAGCUGCUGGAGCGAGGUCAGCAUCACCCCCGUCACGUGACCUGGGCCAACACUAUGCACUGACACCAGGCUGACAGCAGAGGGAGAGGGGAGGGGAGGGGAGGGGAGGGGAGGGGAGGGGAGGGGGGGGGUGGGUGGGGGGGGGGGGUGGAGCGCUACGCAGUAGUAAUUGUGUCACUAUCCAUCUUCUUGUUUACAUCAGCUUUGCUGCAGUCUCCUCCUUGCACUCUCCUCCCCUCCCUGUUCUCUCGCUCUCCUCCCACUCUCUCUCUCUUUCUCUCUCUCUCACACACAUACACACACAGACUCUCUCCCAUUCUGUUAUAUAUUUGCUGUUGGUGUUUCAGCCAGUCUGCUAUAGUCACCUGUUUGGUGAGCGAGUCCUGUUCCCUCUCAUGCUGUUACCAUUGUGAGAAGAGGACCCAUUACCCAUUUACAUCACAUUUACAUUUACGUCAUUACAUUACACAACACAACUACACACAUGUGUUACCCUGACCUCACAGAGAGGGUAGACAAAUGAUGUCAUCCCCCACACCAAAACAGGGCCCUCUCAAGGAGACGUGAGGUCAUUGGGAUUCUGAGUUCCUGUCACCCUGUUUUUGUGCUCGUUCAUAUGCCCUGAGUCCAGGGAUGACUAAGCGCUGCCAGCAUAUAAGUGGUGAUGAGUUUUAGCGGAGAUCGACUCGUCAUGUCAGCUCAGUGAUAUCAGAAUUAAUCAUGUAGGCUGGAUCGAGAAGUGUUGCUUUGUUCAAAACAACUGGGAACUGGGAACUCUGAAAUCUCCGACUUCCGACUUCAGUGUGUUCGAGUUGUCUGGGAACUCAGAAAAAAAUGAGCUCCGACUGGGAAAAAUAGUUUUGAACGGUCAUUGAACUUGGAAUUCCAAGUCGGAAACUCGGGCAUCACGCUAGAGCUCCGACUUCCCGACCUGAAAUCACUGACGUCAUGAUUUGACCUAGUUUUUUUUCAGAGUUCUCAGUUGUCUUGAAAGCACCAUCAGAACUAGUCAGAGUGUGACACGUCAUAUUUUAAACUGUUUUUGUCUCUCUGUGAGUGACUGAAGGUUAGGCUUGAACUGAGUAUGACCUUUUCACCCCCUCCCUAUCUCUGUUUUCUGUUCUUUUAUCACUUUACUUAUUCACGUUCUCUUUUCUCUCUCUCUCUCUUACUAUUUUUUCUAUUUUUCCCCCUUUCUGUCUCUCCAGUGUCUGGAAUGCUACAGGUGUGUUCUGAUGACCUGAGUUCUGCCCUCACCUCUGAUGUGCAGUACUUCAAAGGUAAUCACUCACCCUCUGUCCUCAUCAUUUCCCCAAACAUUGACUUACUUCACAAUACCCCAAACAUACCUCCCAUCUGUAGGAUUUCUAUGGUAACAGUUUGGAUGUCAGGCCCAGGUCACCAUGGUGUCUACCCUCUUGUUUCCUUCAGGUGAUGUCAUCACACGGCGCCACACGGUGGAGAUGUCACAGCACUUCAGAGACCAGCUGGCUAAGGCCCUGUACGGACGCCUCUUCAGCUACCUGGUCAACAACAGCAACUACUACCUACAGGGACAGGACGACAGCACGGGGUAGGGCUACGUGUGUGUGUGUGCGUGUGUGCGUGCGUCUGUCUGCAUGUGUAUCACAGAUAUGUACAUUUUUCAUUGUAAACACUACAAGGAAUUUAUUGACAGCCAGCACAGAUACCCAUUAAAACCCCUCUGUCAUAUGUCCAUCAUCACAGACUCAACAACAGCACAUACAAGCCCGUCAGAAAGACAACACUGAUACUAUCACUCAUAACAUAUUGUUUACACUGGAGAGUUGGAAUAGUUUACAUUUUAUGUACUAAAACACGCAGAGUUGACUUGGAGGCCACACACACGCACGUACACACAGACACACACACACACACACAUACACACAGCAUUGAGGUGGAGGCCAGUGGAUCCUUGGUCUUGGUGUGUUGAUGUUUUUCAGCCUCAUCGUCAUGUCAGAUAAGCACUAUUAUCUUCUGGAAUGUGUUAUUGCAUUGACAAUCUCUUUCUCUCUCGCUCACUCACUCACUCACUCUCUCACUCACUCACUCACUCACUCACUCACUCACUCACUCACUCACUCACUCACUCACUCACUCACUCACUCACUCACUCACUCACUCACUCACUCACUCACUCAUUCACUCACUCACUCACUCACUCACUCACUCACACACACAAACACAUCAACCAAAAUAUGAAAUAAUUAAAAUAUAUACAGUGCAUUUGGAAAGUAUUCAGACCCCUUGAGUUUUUCCACAUUUUGUUAUGUUACAGCCUUAUUCUAAAAUGAAUCAAUAAAAAAAAAUAUCCUCCUCAAUCUACACACAAUACACCAUAAUGACAAAGAGAAAACGUUUUCUUUAAAUAUAUAUUAGCUCCGAGACAGGAUUGUGUCGAGGCACAGAUCUGGAGAACGGUACCAAAACAUUUCUGCAGCAUUGAAGGUCCCCAAGAACACAGUGGCCUCCAUCAUUCUUAAAUGGAAGAAAUUUGGAACCACCAAGACUCUUUCUAGAGCUGGGAGCCUGCCCAAACUGAGCAAUCGGGGGUAGAAGGGCCUUGGCCAGGGAGGUGACCAAGAACCCGAUGACAGAACUCCAGAGUUCCUCUGUGGAGAUGGGAGAACCUUCCAGAAGGACAACCAUCUCUGCAGCACUCCACCAAUCAGGCCUUUAUGGUAGAGUGGCCAGACGGAAACCACUCCUCAGUAAAAGGCACAUGACAGCCCACUUGGAGUUUGCUAAAAGACACCUAAAGGACUCUCAUCUGGUCUGAUGAAACCAAGAUUGAACUCUUUGGCCUGAAUGCCAAGCGUCACGUCUGGAGGAAACCUGGCACCAUCCCUAUGGUGAAGCAUGGUGGUGGCAUCAUCAUUCUGUGGGGAUGUUUUUUAGCGGCAGGGACUGGGAGACUAGUCAGGAUCGAGGGAAAAAUGAACGGCGCAAAGUACAGAGAGAUCCUUGAUGAAAACCUGCUCCAGAGCGCUCAGGACCUCAGACUGGGGUGAAGGUUCACCUUCCAACAGGACAAUGACCCUAAGCACACAGCCAAGACAACGCAGGAGUGGCUUCGGGACAAGUCUCUGAAUGUCCUUGAGUGGCCCAGCCAGAGCCCGGACUUGAACCCGAUCGAACAUCUCUGGAGUGACCUGAAAAUAGCUGUGCAGCGACGCUCCCCAUCCAACCUGACAGAGCUUGAGCGGAUCUGCAGAGAAGAAUGAACGAAAAUCCCCAUAUACAGGUGUGCCAAGCUUGUAGCGUCAUACCCAAGAAGAUUCAGGCUGUAAUCGCUGCCAAAGGUCCUUCAACAAAGUACUGAGUAAAGGGUCUGAAUACUUAUGUAAAUUUGAUAUUUCCGGUUUUUAUGUUGAAUACAUUUACAAAAAAAUCUAAAAACCUGUUUUUGCUUUGUCAUUAUGGGAUAUUGUGUGUAGAUUGAUGAGGGGGGAAAAAAAGCAAUUUAAUCAAUUUUAGAAUAAGGCUGUAAUGUAUCAAAAUGUGGAAAAAGUCACGGGGUCUGAAUACUUUCCAAAUGCACUGUAUAUACUUGAGCGAACACACACCCUUUUCCAUUCAUACUAGCCACACCACUCCAAAUCAAACAUUCAUACAAACAGAGACAUACACCAACCUGGCCUCUGAGGAUGUGUCACACUGUGUAUGAAUUCCUUCUCUGAUCUUUCCCCUCCUCCAUACCUCUCCCACAGAGAUCCUGCCCUUGAGAUUGGAAUCCUGGACAUCUUUGGAUUUGAGGAAUUCCAGAGGAAUGGAUUUGAGCAGGUACUUUAAUUUCACAACACACACAUUAUUUCACAACACACACAUCCCCCCACACCUCCUAUUAUAUGUGUGUUUCCACUCCUUCCAAUCUUGUUGAGUCUUAUUCUAUGGCUCUAGUAUGCCUGAUGUAUUCUCAAGUCAAAGACAUAGAGCGAACGUCAAGGCCAGACUGAGCUACUGUCAUCUUUUCUUGCUGUGGAGAAGGUUUUAGAGGUAUCAACCAGCUAACUGUAUACCAGGUCUAGGUUAACCCUUUCAGACCAGAACAACAGGGCAGUGUUUAUUUUAUGGUCCUCUGUAGCUCAGUUAGUAGAGCAUGGUGCUUGCAAAAGCCAGAAUAGUGGGUUUGAUUCCCAGGAACACCUGUAUGCAUGACUAAAAGUUGCUUUGGAUAAAAAAUAGUCUGCAAAAUGUAAUAUAUAUUAACAUAUAAUAUGAUUGCAUUGCUGAUUCAGUUGUAUAGUGAUUAUGUGUGAGCUGUAGUGUUUCUUACAGUAAAUUAAUGAGAUGAGGUAUGUUAUUAUUCAGUGCUCUGAUGUCGUCCUGUCCUCAGCUGAACUGUGGGCCUAAUCCCCUGGAUUACGGCCACAACAAAUAGCCUGUGUGUGUUAAUGAUUCACAACAGCAUUUUAUUGUCACUGCCCAUGUCUUUCUUUCAGCCAUCUCUCGCUCCCUCUGUUCUCUCGUUCAUAAAUCUUGUGUGUAAAGCCUUGGUCUCUAGGUCUUAUGGACUUCUCCUCUGUAUGAACAAGGAUCAGAGAGUUUAGCUGGCAGUCUCAAUAUCACUGUGUGUGUGUGUUGGAAGUGGUAAGAUGUCAAUUGCUUUUCUCUCAGAAUGUUCUUUAAUCCGAGCGGAACAUUGGAGGUGUUCAAGCAAAUAAGUGAUUACCCAUGCUGCCCUGGGCCACACUCCCCUUGGGACCACCCCUGAUCAAACCGUGUGUUUGUGUGUGUUUGUGUUGGAAGUGGUAAGGUGUCAAUUGCUUUCCUCUCAGGAUGUUCUUUAAUCCGAGCAGAAGAGGGGGAUUCACUGAUCUAACCAGAGCGAGAGAGCGAGAGAGCGAGAGAGCGAGAGAAAGAGAGAGAGAGAAUGAAAAGAUAGAGACGGGUAGACAUUUAUUGGGGAUUAAACAUCCCUCUUCCCCCAUUCGGCCACUUCACCCCCAUUCCUCCCUCAUCCCUCCUUCCCCCAGUGUGUUCCAGUGUUCAGGUCCAUGUUUGAGGAGACCCUGUCUGUUAUUGAAGACAGCUAAUCACUAGAUUACACAUUACACUCUGGAGAGAUAGGGGAGGGGCAGGUGCCAACUAAACAAGCAGGAUAAUUUACAGUGUGCAUGGCACACACACAUACGCGAUGCACACACACACCGAUCAGGGUCAUUAAUGUGGCCUGGGCUUGUUAAUUAGAGUUUGUUCAUCAGAGCUGUAUUGUACCUGCUAAGCAUUUCCUUAAUGAGCUCAUGCUUUACAGACAUCAACAUCUGCUGGGACUGACUGACUGACUGACGCUGUCAUAUACGGCACUUAAGGACAAGAGAGUAGAAUUUGUCUAAAAUGCAAUUAAAGUACAAAGACUAAAUCAAAUGUAAAUUGUAAAUUAAAUAUCCCACAAUUGAAUUAUUUCUGUUGAUUCUCACAUAUCAUUGUGAUAUCCAAUACAUCUUAAACGGGAAUGAAACCAUUUUACAAGCUAGGUCUUAUAAAACAAUCUAAACAAACCCUAAAUACAUGUUUUGGGUGUUUGUCAUACAGAAAUUGCUACUUUGCAUAACUUUGAAUAUUUUGAUUUCAGAGCCAAUGCUUAUUUGGGACUGGGCGCCACCAUUAAAAUUGGCAUGGUAACGACACGAGCUGCAACGUCAUUGACUGGACAGAAAUAUUUGGCAGGUUGAUUUAUGAUUGCGUACAGUAACGGGAGUGACAGCUCUCCUGUCCCAGUAUUAAGCAAAUUAAUAAUAUAUAAUAUAAUAUGCCAUUUAGCAGACGCUUUUAUCCAAAGCGACUUACAGUCAUGCGUGCAUACAUUUUUGUGUGUGGGUGGUCCCGGGGAUCGAACCCACUACCUUGGCGUUACAAGCGCCGUGCUCUACCAGUUGAGCUACAGAGGACCACUAUUUGCAUUGAAUGCUUAAUGCCCAUUGUGCAAUAUACAAGUAACUGCCAAAAUAAUGGAAACACUUGAGUAAAUGAGGGAUACAAAGUAUAUUGAAAGCAGGUGCUUCCACACAGGUGUUGAGAUAGGCAUGUGAGCAGCACGGGAAGUGCUCGUCAGCCAUUUGCGGUGAUUGCAUAGGCCUAUACAUCUAUGGGUAGUAGCCUAGGCCUAUGCUGAAACCCUUUUUUAGGAUAUUAUGCCUACAUGUUACUGUAGCCCUUUUCAGACGGCAUUGGUUUUACUGGGGGUCGGGUAAUGUAAUUACGUGCACAAGCACAAAACACCACAUCCGUAAUGUUAAUGUGAAUCUGCCACACACCAUUUACUUGCAUGUUAACUUGUGUGUGUCUUCCCAGCUGUGUGUGAACAUGACCAACGAGCGUGUGAGGCAGUAUGUCUCCGAGGUUCUGUUCCAGCAGGAGCAGGCCGAGUGUCUACAGGAGGCCGUCGCCAUGGAGACACUCCGGUCGCCUGGCAACCAGCCCGCCAUUAUAGACUUCUUCUUCCAGGUAAUGUUUUGGUGUCUGUGGUCCCCACCGCACCACUGCCCCUUUAAGAACUGUGAUAACCACUUGAAAAACAACACAUAUCUCAUUCUAAAAAAGGCUUUGGUUUUGGGUGUGGUUAAAUAGAUUUUGAGGUACAAAGGUGCCCUCAAUCACACAUCUAGGAUCAGAUUACACUACCUCCGAUCUUAACCUGAAACAUUAGGGAGCAGAAAAAUAUCUGACCCUGCAUCAUUGCACUCCAUGAAAUAUAGAGGUUCAUGUGUACCGUGGUUCUAUGCAUUCUAUAUCUAUGUCUGUGACCCCUGUCCUCCAUCUUCCCUAGAAGCCUCAAGGUCUGCUGUCUGUGAUGGAUGAGGAGAGUCAGUCGCUGAGGCCUACAGAACAGACCCUCUAUAAGAGACUACAGACACACCUCGACAACUCACCCACUCACGGCAUCUCCCUGACAACCAAGGACGGCAAUGGAAACCCCCCACCCAUAGACCAGGGUCCUGCCUUCACUGUGAAACACUACACAGGCCAAGUGAGUAUGUGUUCACUCACUCACACACACACACAAAGACACACACAGCAACACACUCACACACAACGUAGACCAGGUGAGUGUAUCUGGCAUUUUAAAGGUGGACCUUUAACAUGUUGUCGUAUAUCUGUUUUCUGAUUGGUAGAUGGCCUAUGACCUCACAGGAUCCCUGGUGAAAAACAAGGACUCCCUCCCCCAAAACCUGCUAAUGGUUCUGAAGUGUGAGUAUCACUCAAUACACACACACAAGGGUCGUUCCAUUUAAUUUCAAUCAAUUUCUGACUGUACCCCUUUUGAUUUGAAUGAAACCUUGACCAUUUUGCAUACCCCACCCUACCAUGAGACAUUCAUGUCUUCAUCUCUGAAAAAGAUAAAUAGUUGAGUUUGAUAUCAUUUGCAAGCUUACAAACAGGGUUGUCAAACUAUUUGGUUAUUUCUUGAAAAAAAAAACAUUUUAAAUAAAAUUGUAUUUUUUUUACCUUUAACAUAUAUGAUCUAAACACGCAUAAACUCCAGUUUUGUUCAUGUUCAUAUACACUACCGGUCAAAAGUUUUAGAACACCAACUCAUUCAAGGUUUUUUCUUUAUUUUUACUAUUUUCUAUAUUGUAGAAUAAUAGUGAAGACAUCAAAACAUAUGGAAUCAUGUAGUAAACAAAAAAGUGUUAAAGAAAUCAAAAUAUAUUUUAUAUUUGAGAUUCUUCAAAUAGCCACCCUUUGCCUUGAUGAUUCUCUCAACCUGCUUCAUGAGGUAGUCACCUGGAAUGCAUUUCAAUUAACAGGUGUGCCUUCUUAAAAGUUUAUUUGUGUAAUUUCUUUCCUUCUUAAUGCGUUUAAGCCUAUCAGUUGUGUUGUGACAAGGUAGGGGGUAUACAGAAGAUAGCCCUAUUGUGUAAAAGACCAAGUCCAUAUUAUGGCAAGAACAGCUCAAAUAAGAAAAGAGAAAGGACAGUCUAUCAUUACUUUAAGACAUGAAGGUCAGUCAAUACGGAACAUUUCAAGAACUUUGAAAGUUUCUUCAAGUGCAGUUGCAAAAACCAUCAUGCGCUAUGAUGAAACUUGCUCUCAUGAGGACCGCCACAGGAAUGGAAGACCCAGAGUUACCUCUGCUGCAGAGGAUAAGUUCAUUAGAGUUACCAGCCUCAGAUAUUGCAGCUCAAAUAAAUACUUCACAAAGUUCAAGUAACAGAAACAUCUCUACAUCAACUGUUCAGAGGAGACAAUGUGAUUCAGGCCUUCAUGGUCGAAGUGCUGCAAAGAAACCACUACUAAAAGACACCAAUAAGAAGAAGAGACUUGCUUGGGCCAAGAAACACGAGCAAUGGACAUUAGACCAGUGGAAAUGUUUGGUUCCAACCGCCGUGUCUUUGUGAGGGUGAACGGAUGAUCUCUGCAUGUGUAUUUCCCACCGUAAAGCAUGGAGGAGGAGGUGUGAUGGUGUGGGGGUGCUUUGCUGGUGACACUGUCUGUGAUUUAUUUAGAAUUCAAGGCACACUUAACCAGCAUUGCUACCACAGCAUUCUGCAGCUAUACACCAUCCCAUCUGGUUUGGGCUUAGUGGGACUAUCAUUUGUUUUUCAACAUUACAAUGACAUUACAAUGACCCAACACAUCUACUGGCUCUGUAAGGGCUAUUUUACCAAGAAGGAGAGUGAUGGAGUGCUGCAUCAGAUGACCUGGCCUCCACAAUCCCCCGACCUCAACCAAAUUGAGAUGGUUUGGGAUGAGUCGGACCGCAGAGUGAAGGAAAAGCAGCCAACAAGUGCUCAGCAUAUGUGGGAACUCCUUCAAGACUGUUGGAAAAGCAUUACAGGUGAAGCUGGUUGAGAGAAUCCCAAGAGUGUGCAAAGCUGUCAUCAAGGCGAAGGGUGGCUAUUUGAACUAUCUGAAAUAUAAAACAUAUUUUGAUUUGUUUUAAAAAAUGUUGGUUACUACAUGACUCCAUGUGUGUUAUUUCAUAGUUUUGAUGUCUUCACUAUUAUUCUACAAAUAGUAAAAAAUUAAGAAAAACACUUGAAUGAGUAGGUGUUCUAAAACUUUUGACCGGUAGUGUAUGUUUUAGCUUACACCCUAUUUCAAAUCAUCUGAGGUGUUUGUGUUGUGACGGCCAUCGGUUGAGACACAGCAUGCUCUUGAAUACAGGGUGGGUGUCAUGUUUUGGCUGAUAAAUUAAAUCAAAUUUUCUAAUUUCAAAUGGUCCACAAGAUGGUUGGAGGUCCACACUUCAAAGAAUGUUGGCUUGAGUGGAAAUAUCCAUUGUUUUAUAUUAAACUGUCAAUCUUCCAUAGGAAACCUAUUGAAAUCAUCUAAAUAUAAAUACGAAAAUAGACAUUCCAAUUCAAGUUGUCAUUCGAUGGUGGGUGGACUGGUGGCCAUCUUCCUGAUAGUAAUUAAAACGUAAAAAUUCAAUUAAAUGUCAAUGGUGUACCAGUUAAAUUGUAGUGGUUUGAAGGGAUAGGUCUGUUCCAAAAUUAUGUUUCUAUGAUUGAAAUGACACCCACCCAGUAUUCAAGAGAAUGAUGUAUCUCAACCGAUGACAGGCAAAACACAAACACCUCAGACAAUGGAAAAUAGGGUCUAAGCUACAACAUAUGUGAAAAUGAGAAAACACUGAGUAUACACGUUUUUAGAUAAUUGACGUUAAAAGUAAAACGUUUAAUCAUUUUUAUUAAAAAACUUUUUUUUCAAUAAAUGAUCAAAUAGUUUGACAAUCCUGUUGGUAAUCUUUCAAAUGAUAUCAAACUCAACCGUUUAUCUUUUAAAGUGAUGAAGACAUUGAUGUCUCACGGUAGGAUGGGGUAUGCAAAAUGGGUCAACUUUGAGCACCUCUACCUUCUGAAUGUUUUGGCAUUCAGGUCCAAAAAGUCACUUUCUGACCACUUCUACCAUGGGCAAACAUGUCUGGAAGGGGUGCUGUCAGAAAGUGAUUGAAUUAAUAUGGAAUGACCCACACACAACCCGUCCAGAGCACACAUCCAAACUCAUACACACAGCAAGAGGUCUCUUAAUGAUGGGUGUGUUGUUAGCAGCAGUAGUGGGUAUAUAGUCUAUUGAGCAUGGCCAGAAGUGUGCUGGUGUAGUUGUGAGCCAAGCAUAGCAGGACACAGGCAGACCUUGUGUAAGAGCCAGGAGCAGCUAGCUUAGCGUCUAUAGGGCUAAUUACUGUGGUUUGCUGUAAUUUACAUGAUGCGCCUAAUCAAGGCUACCCCUUUAGAGUUGGCUUUUGUACCUCUCUCUGUCCCGCUCUCUUGUUUUUGUUCCUUUGUGCACAUACGCACAAUGUACACACAUAAAGACACACAUGCACACACAUUAUGACACACACAUACAUUCCUGUUUCUCUCCCUUUGGACAGAAACAUACAUACCCACAAAUACUUCCAGCUCAGAUAAUAUGAUACAGCCACAGGCGGCCGGUUGCAACUUAAUUGGGGAGGACGGGCUCAUAGUAAUGGCUGGAACGGACUUAUGGAAUGGUAUCGAACACAUCAAACACAUGGUUUCCAUGUGUUUGAUACCAUUCCAUUCACUCCAUUAUUAUUAGUUGUCCUCCCCUCAGCAGCCUCCUGUGGAUACAUCUCAGCCCAUCCUUCCCAUCCAUUUCCUAUAUACCAAAGGGUAAAGGUGAGUUCAGACUGAAGGGUGUGUGAGGGCGGGGGCUGAGGAUGGGCUGAGCGGUAUGUAUGGAGAUUUCUUUGUGGGCCUCAGUCGUCAGGUGGUGGUGGUGGGGGUUUGGGGGAUUGUGAUUACAUCAUUGGAGAGACAAUUACCUCUGGAGCCCACAGUCAUUACUCCCUACAACCAGUCUAGGACUCUUGUUUAGUUUUCCUUUCAAGAGCUCUCUCUUUCUCUCUCUCUUUCUCUCUGCCUUCUAGCUCUCUCUCUCUCUCUCUCUCUCUCUCUCUCUCUCUCUCUCUCUCUCUCUCACCACCACACCACACACUCCCCUCCCACACACACAUGCCUCUCUCAAAGAUCUCAUUGUUUUCGAGGGCUGCUUCAUGUGUUCUGUGGCAGCAUGCUCAGCCUACUCUCUUAUGGAGCUGAUUGUUUACAUGGCUAUUAUUGCUCCAUUGCCUCCCCCUCACUUCUCCUCUCUUUCCUUCCUUCCCUCCUUCCAUCCAUCCUUCUCCUCUUAAUCCCCUCAUGUCCCCUGUUGCCCCUGCUCCUCUCCGUCCUCUCUCACUUCUCCUCUCUCCUCUCUCUCCUCUCUCUCUCUCUCUCUCUCUCUCUCUCUCUCUCUCUCUCUCUCUCUCUCUCUCUCUCUCUCUCCUUCCUUCCUCCUCUCCUGCUCCCACUGAUCCUCUCCUCCAAUCCACUCUCUCCAAUUGUCUUCCUCCCUCUUCCCUCUCCACUCCCUUCCCUCCCUCUCUCUCUCUGUGUGUGAUUCCCCUGUACAGCCAGUGAGAGUGUGUUGGUGCAGCAGUUGUUCCAAUCCAAGCUGACCCAGACUGGGUCUCUGGUACCGAGCCAGGCCAGGAUGGCUCUGAGAGGGCCCAAAGCAGCCCUGCUCCUAAACAGGAUGUCAUCCCCCACCACCCUGACCCCUGCAGGCUGCGAGCCUCGGAGGUACCUGGACCUCACCAAGGUACUGGACAAUGGCUGGUAAACCAUAUACUGUGUAGCAUACCAUAGCACAUACACUCACCAAGGUACGGCGGACUAAGUGACAUAACCAUCACCAUAGCGAGUCACUCAGAGUGUAUGCUAUACAGUACAUGUCAUAUGGUACGUUAGCCUCUUCGCUCCGGGAGACCUGAACACAGAACCCAAAAACAUUUUCACCAGCCCUCCGAUAUAUCUAUUUCCAAUAAACAUUUCCCAUCACCGAAGGUAAAUCUAUCAUCUGGAAUGCCUUACCAGUUGGUAUGGGUUAUUAAAUGUGUGAAAAUAAACGUUUUCCUGAGUUUACCAAAUUCAUUCUGUAUCUCCCUAAAGGUGCUCUUGCAUCUGAGAUCACACGGUAAUCUCGCAUGGCAACUACUACGGAGUAUGCGGACUAGGGAGUGCGCUUCAGAAAAGUUUGAUAUAAAGGUUUAUUUUACCGUAGUGCACACAUUAAAUAACCCCUAUCGACUGGUAAGGCAUUCCAGAUUAUAGAUUCUCAUUCAGCAACAGAAAGGCUGGUAAAUAUGUUUUUUGGGAUACGGGAUGUAGCCUUCAGCGACGGGAGCCCAAUGUGUACAGGUCUCCGGGAGCAAAGAGGCUAAUGUACCAUAUGACAUGUACUGUAUAGCAUACCAUAUACAGACAUACACUCUGAGUGACUCACUAAGGUACAUUAAACAAGAGGGUGAUACCCCUAACUCAUGAGUCAUACCUAAACCACAACCUAUCCAAACAGUCAGUAUGGUAUUUAUUUAGUACUUAUCAUUGUAACUUUUCCAGGUAAAAUCAAUAAGACCUCAAUAAAGUACCACAAUCAGUGUGGUAAUACAUAAAAAUGAAUAAAUAUAAAUGAAUUAAUACAAUUAUGUGUUCACCGUCAUGAUCAAUAGAAAUGACAAACAGCUCAAAGCAUCCCUCAUCAGAACGUUCUAAAUAUUGGCACCCCCCUUAUGUUGAUUGGUGGUUAAGGGAGGUGAGAAUCACCAAUGGUGAAAGCAGGCUGUGUCCAUAUCUGUGACACACUUAGUCGGAAGCUGGGUGUGCUGAUUGGAAAAGCAAGGAGUGUGUGUUUGGAAAGAACGUUUCCCAAAUUAGGCCACUUCCCACCAGACUGUUAAAUAUAGACCUCUGGGAAUAGCUUUGUUUGUCCUGUACUGCCAGAUGAUAGAGUACUUCACACACACACACACAGAUACACACAUAUACACUCAAAUAUGUGGUAAGAGAGUGUCAACAUGAAUGUUUCUCAUGACAUUUUAAGGGUUCACAAACCAUACACCCCUCUGCUAUAAACAUUGUGUUCUCACAAUUAUGCUAGAUUUCAUAACUUAAGCUAGAACAUGGUUUCCCAAACUUGGUCCUGCCUCCCUAGCACAAGACAGAUGAUUCAAAUAACCAACUCAUCAUCAAGCUUUGAUUAUUUGAAUCAGCUGUGUAGUGCUAGGGCAAAAAAACUAAACGUGGGGGGGCCCAGGGCUAAGUUUGUGAAACCCUGAGCUAGAGGAUUUCAUAACUUCUGCUAGAGGAUUUCACAACUUCUGCUAGAGGAUUUCACAACUUCUGCUAGAGAAUUUCAUAACUUCAACUAGAUAAUUUCAUAACUUCAGCUAGAGGAUGGCAUAACUUCAGCUAUCUCUCUCUCUCUAUCUAUCUCUCUCUCUCUCUCUCUCUCUCUCUCUCUCUCUCUCUCUCUCUCUCUCUCAAUUCAAAGGGCUUUAUUGGCAUGGGUGUCACAAACAGGCCGUUGCCUGAACCGUAUUGAAUGAAACUCAGGACCACGUUGUAUCAUAGGAAAAGUAAAGGGACACUUAAUAAAGCUUCUUACAUGGCCCUCAGGCUGGAAAUAACAAACAAACAAAUCAUGGUACGGAUGGCAAUAUAUCACGGACACACCCUCUCACAUGUUCUCCCAGCCCCAGAACCCACGAGACAUUAAGCCCCACCCCAUAGCACCCAAAUAAAUACACCUCCCCUCUGUCACAGGUGCAGCUCAUCACCUGUGAUCAGAGAUAAAAGGAGGAGAGGAGAGAGAGGGAGCAAAAAUAACAAAAUGAUAGUGCAACAAAAUGACAUCACCUACUCUCAUUCACACAACUACUUAAGAAAAAUGGAUCAGGGUGUAAUGAUG